AUGAGCACGCACUCCCCGACACGAUGGGGGCCAGUCAAGUCGCUGCUCUGCCUCGCCCCGCUUUUGGUCGGCGUGCCGCUCCUGGCGUUCCGAGUAAACUACGCCCUGCCGGAGCCCGUCGUUGACUCAGUUAACUCUGCCACUGGCCUUCCUCAGCUCUCCGAAGCCCGCGUGCUGGCGCAUGCAAAGUAUCUCUCUGAGGACAUCGGCUUCCGAACCGUGGGGACGCGCGAGCAUGCGGCAGGAGACGCGUGGAUGGUCCAGCAGGCGGAUGACAUCCGCAGACAGUGUGAGGACGUCGUGCGUGCACACCCUACAAAAAAGCUGGAAUGCGAGGUUUGGCAUCAGCAAGGAAGCGGGGCUCAUCGGUUCGACAUGAUGGGCCACCGGCUGUACAAGACCUAUGUCGACUUGACGAACAUUGUCGUGCGUAUAUCGGACGGCACGCCGGAAGGGAAGCAGCACGCAGUAUUGGUGAACGCUCACGUAGACAGCACCCUACCCUCUCCGGGCGCUGCAGAUGAUGCGCUUUCGGUGGGCAUAAUGCUAGAGUGCAUGAGAGUGCUGGUGAACACGCCUGACUGGUCGCCGUCGCAUGCCAUUAUAUUCUUGUUUAACAACGCAGAAGAAUCCUUGCAAGACGCGUCGCAUUUGUUCUCCACGCAACACGCUAUUAGAGACAGCGUACGUGCUGCAGUCAACCUAGAAGCUGCCGGAACCACCGGGCGCGAGAUGCUCUUUCAAGCGACCUCGGAGGAGAUGAUCCGCGCGUACUCCCAUGCACCUAGGCCGUUCGGGACCAUCGUGGCGAGCGAGGUCUUCAGCUCGGGAAUCAUCCUCUCGGACACCGACUUCCGACAGUUCCAAGAGUACAUGAACGUUACGGGCUUAGACAUCGCCGUGAUUGGGAACAGCUAUCUAUACCACAUGCGCAAGGAUCUCGUAGAGAACAUCGAGCCCGGCGUGGCGCAACACAUGGGCGAGAACGUGCUCGGACUGCUCCUCCACCUCUCCUCCGCAGACUCGCCCCUCCCGCGGCUGACGGAGGGCUUCACGCGCCCGCACACGGUGUUCUACCAGUUCCUCGGACUGUUCAUCAUCUACUCCUUCCGGACGGCCAACAUCGUCUACGCGGCGCUCUUCGCCGUCUCGGUCGUGCUCGCGCGCGCGGUGUACGUGGACCCGGCACCGGCGCUGCGGACGAAGAGCAUGCUCGGAGAGCACGUGAAGAGCGCUGCAGCGGUGGCUACAGCGGUCGUCGGCGCAAUCGUCGGCGCGAAUGUAGUCGCGGUCCUUAUGACGACCGGCCUUGGGAAGGGUCUGAGCUGGUUCUCGUCCGAACGGAUCUGUGUAUUGCUGUACGCGCCUGCAGCACUCUCUGGUAGAUGUCUAGUGUUGUCAAGAUGUCAUACGCUUCUGACUGAUGUCUUGUAUGCAGGUGCUCUCGCGUCGCAGCUGCUGUUCGGCCGGCUUCGCGAGCGGACGACGUUCGUGUCCGUGAUACUCUCCCAGUCGGUCAUGGCGUGUGCUGGCCAGCUGCUGGGGAUCGGGUCUGCGGGCGUGUUGGCCCUGACGGCGUCCCCCAUGGUCGUCGCCAUUGCCCUGAAUGCCUUCCUGACGAAGGCCAGCGACGACAUCUCGCUCUGGAGCUACGCGAUUGCGAUUUUCACGCCCCUGUCGGUGGGCGCGCAGAUGUUUUACAUCACACUGGACGUGUUUGUGCCUCUGACCGGUCGCAUGGGCGAGGAGGCUCCUGCCGAACAUAUCAUUGCAUCUAUCGUGGCGGGUAUAGGCGCGUACAUGCUGCCGCUACUGGUGCCGUUCGUGCAUCGGUUCGGGCGACGAACCAUCGCGCGCGCGACGAUCCUGUGCACAAUGGCGACCGCAGUUACCAUUGCGGUCUUCUCGAUGCGCUCGCCGUUUGAUCAGAUGCACCAGAAGAGGGUAUUCGUGAUACACAUGGAGAAUAUUACGACACAAGAACAGCACCUCCACAUCGCUGCCGCCGACAGUGCGCCCGGCUUUCCGCAGCUCGCCCAGCGCAUCGCGGAGGAGUGGAGUGUCCCUGGCGCGGUGCCCAUGCUUAUGAACAUGGACGCCUGGAACAACGAUUGGGACGUCAUGUAUCCGGUCUCUGCGGUGCUCACUCCAUACAAGUUCGAGAUGCCGCUCAGGCCAGAGCAUCUGGACGUGAUCGACCAUGGGUUCGCUGUGUCAGCGACGAAUGACACUAUUGACAGAGCCGCGGGCACUCGAAGCCUCACUCUGGUGAUCAGACACCCGGGCAUUAUUUGGUCAACGAUCGCCUUCGAUGCCCAUGUGGUGAAAUGGGCGCUGGACGACAACCCGCCGGAUGAGUACGCGCGCCACCACGUCAAGGAAGCGUCAUUCUACGGGCAUGACGCGUGGACCCUAAGUAUGGUCGUGAAGAUCCCAGAGCACGACGCGGACGCGCGCAUCCCGGUGAACUUCGUCGGCAUCCACGAGAAGGCGAUGUGGCCGGGAAAGGUCGCGGAGAAGGCGCACGGUGGACGGGCGAUGCAGCUGUUUGAGGAGUUCGAUGCCUGGUUGGAGAGGGAAACCGCCGGAACGGUAGACGCUCUGCUUCUCGGCUGCAUCGGAGGGAUCACGACGGUGUAG